AUGCUUCAUCCUGCCGUCGGGAAGCCUUCCAUGACAUUUCAUGACGAUCCAGGUCCAAUCGACGGCUUUCUCGGCAUCAUCAGCAUCUUCGAGUCCAUCCCAGGAGCUCUAUACAACUGGCUUUGCACUCCACACAUGGAGAUGCCGCAGGAUGCCAUCUCCGUGCCCAUCUGUUUCUGGAGUCUCUCGGACGAGUCGUUGUUCCCAGUGGGCGCUAACGAGACCCAGCUUGUCAACAACUCGGUCACUCAACAGUGGCUGCGUAGCUACCUUUGGCAUAUAGCGCUAAAUUUCCAGCUGCCAGACACCGUAUUCAUGGCAGAUUCUCUGCCGCUCGAAGCGCCUCUUUCAGCUGCUCAGUCGGUCAUGGCUACUAUUGCUUCGGUCUCGCAGCGGUCGAUGGAAGUGCACGGCAUAGGCAUGGAACGCAAGCUCUUCGAUCUCGGGACGUACAUCCUAGAUUACGCAGCAGCAAGACCGAAUCUUCUAAACAGGCAUGUCGCCGUAUGUUCUAGUGCAAAGUCUAUGCUUUGGGGUCUGCUGCUGUCUCUUUCCAAGCUGCGAGGCGCUCAGUCUUUCCUUCUGCCGGACCUGCUUGGACGAGCGAAGGACUUUUUGACGCUCGAUCGCUCCGUCUCACGUGCACUCACGUCUAGCCCGGAGGAGAAUGUCCGCGACGAGCCGGGCUGA